GGAAAUAUCGUAAACCUUUCAGUCCCCGUUGGACAUGGCAAUGCCUUAGGGAAGACCUCUACGAGCUCCCGGGCUUAAGAGCUGCCUUGGGUGUAACAAUGGCUUAUUGUAGCAGCAAGGAAAGAAUGUGACCAAAGGAGCUGCUACGGGGUGUGGCCAGGUGAGAGCAGCCAGCCCUCUCUACCUGCUCAGGUGGCUUAGUUUUUUAAGCAGCUGAAAAGUUAGCUCAGCAGACUAGCACCUGCUGGAGCUCGGUGUGCUGGGUGGUAGCUGAGCAAACUGGAAAUAUGUUUUGCUAGAGGGAGCAUUUGGAGACACGCCGGAGAAGGCAGCAGUCAGGAUGAAGAAAAAUCACUCUGUGCAGGGGACUAUUAGCAGACUCUUCGGGAAAAAACAUGCCAGCAACAAUUCCACCACUUCCCUCUACGUCACCAACCCCCCUUGGAUCUUCACUCAGGAGGUCACCACUGACAACCUGGCGAGAACUGGUGAAGUGGACGGCAUUUAUUAUGGGGAUAACCGCUUUGCUUCGGUGACAGAUUCUGGAACAGCAACACUUAAGCCACGUCCAAGAGUCCGACCUUUGUUGACUUUCUUACCUCUUAAUGCUCAGGAGUCUCAUGGAGUGGCUGUGCCAACGCCAUCAGUACCAGAAGGCUUUGAGGAAAAGCCAGCUCUAGGACUAGCUUCUCAGAUGAAUGGCAAUUACAGAAAGUACAAUUCAGUUCUUGAUCUAAGGCCCAAGGCAUUUGAGGAAAACUACUUGGAUGAUGAAUACAUUCCACCACCACCACCUGUUCCUCCUCCUCCACCACCACCAAUGGUUGACCUACCACCACCUCCCAUGGAAGUUCCACCUCCACCUCCCAUGGAAGCUCCACCUCCACCUUCUGUGGAACCCCCACCCCCACCAAUGGUGCCUCCACCCCCGCCACCUCUUCCAGCUCCAUCUCCUUCAGCCCUGGCUCCACCUUCAUUCUCUUAUUCCAAUUUGUCUUCCCCCAGUACUCCAUCCCCACCAGACUUCAUUCCUCCCACUCCUCCGCCUCUGGCUUUUAGGGAUGGCAAAGCCCCUCAUAUGCCUCCCAUUUCACCAGCACUUCACACCCCACCAUUCUCCAAUGGUGUGUCCAAAUGGAAAUCUGAGACUGUUCUGAACCUGAGGCAGCCCGAAACCAUUUCCCCCAAUCCAAACCUUGCUUCUCCAAGCACUCCCACCCAUAAGGUGUCACUAUUGCCACAAUCCGGCCCAGAGCCUCACCUUACCUUUCCGAGGUCAUUAAAAGUACCUCCCCCGACUCCCAUGAGAACAUCCUCUAUAUCCUCAGCAGAAAAAGAAUCCAGUCCAAGAGAUGAGCAGCUCCCCAAGUUGACUCCUCAUAGCCGACCUGCCCUACCAUCUAACUUUACUGUACGAAGUGCAGCCAUGGUUCACCCGGAGGGAGAAGUUGCAGGGAAAGCCACUGUGGAAAAGCCUUCCCUGUUAACCACAGAGGCUGGAAGUUCAAAACAGACAUCAGAUUCUAAUGGCUCCUCUGCCUCCCCGCUGAAGCAUGAGGCGCCACCAGGCAAAGAAACAGAUUCUUCGGACUGGGCAUCCUCUGAUGAUGAAGACUGGAAGGAACGCAGCAACCUGGACAAGCUAAAGCAUGAAUUGUCUGCCCUGCUGUCCUCUUCAUGCAGAAAGGAAGACAGGCCACUAGACAGAACUGUAUCUCCCAAGACUACAGCCAACGUUACCAAUAGCAACCAAGUUGUUCCAGAUGAACCAAAACAAGCUAGGCCUGCUGUGACAAGCCCCAAAUCACCAGCGGUUACAGAAAGUGAAAGGAAAGGAAUCAGGCCUGCUAAUACGCCUUCCAUGGGCAAAACCUCUCCCAGUGAUGCUUCCUCAACACUAGACAACAAAUCCACCACUGCAAACAGCGUUUUGAAAUUCAAAGAUGAACUGGAAGCCUUGUUGUCACCGACCAAGGAUGGGGGGCCACCUUUGGCUUUUGCAAACCUAAGACGUAAUCCAGAACCAAAGAAGCAAGUUACUCUUCAGUUUGGUGGCAGCCAGACCAAUAGUGGCGAGCCCAGGCUUCCAAAACCCACAGCAAGUCCGAAUACACCAACGUCGGAAGUGACAGAGAAAGAGCCUAAGAUUCCUAGCACUUCUGCUGGUCACUUGGCACCUGACAACACUUGUAAACCCCCAGCCCCUCCUAUGAAACCAAAAAAUGAACUCUUGGUUCCAUCUGCGCCUUCACCAGCCUCGUCUGGCACGGCCUCACCUCUACUAACUGCAUCUCCUAACAUGGAUUUCUCUCUUUUCCAAUACAAGAUGCAUAGGACGAGGUUCGGUUCCAUUGACAGCCUGGCCUCUGCGAGUUCUUCCCAAACGACAGAAGAUGGAACCACCAGCACAAAUAAUAAUGAAAACCAAAGAGGCUCAGCUGAGCGCAGGCCCUCAGAGACAUCCACAACCUCUUGGAAGACAGAGAAAAUGAAUAGUGAAGUUUUGGUUCACCCUGUUACAGGAGAAAAAGUAGAGAGGGGAUCCCCAAUGGCUCUCCUCUUAGCUGCACAACAGAGGGCCCAAAGAGGUAGGUCUUCUGCGUCAGCCUCCCGACAGAACAGCUAUUUGUCAGAGAGGCCCCAGUUCAAGUUAUCAGAGAAAUUGCACAGCAACAGCCAGUCAGAGACUGGGUCACCCACUAUUUACUACAGUGACUCCAAGCCCAACUCUGUCAUGAUUGUACCAAAGUCUCCUCAAAAGGAAUCACUUGCAGCCUCCGAAAACAAGCAGUGUAAUGGAGCAGGUAUACCUGACAGCAGCACCUUGGGCUUGUCAGAGGGGCAGAGGGGUCAGAAGCCUCAGACAUUUUCCAGUGCCUCAGAACAAUGUGGGAAUGCACAGAAGGUCAAGGAGAUGAAUGUCUCCCAGAAUCUUCCCUCAUCAAACAGGCAUGGGACUUCUAUGUUAGUUCAAGGCCUCCUAAGUCACAGCAGGCAGGAAGCUCCCUUGCACUCUCUCACAGCACCCCAAAACCACGCCAAAGACAACAACGAUGAGGUGGAAGAGGGUUUUGAUUAUGAGAUCAUUCCCCCUCCACCUGAGUUCAGCAAUGAUGCCCAAGUGGUCCCAGACAAUUCUUCAAAAGGGGAUGAGAACCACAAAGCCCUUAAUAUCCCAGGUGGCAACCAGGCCUCAAAUAAGCAACUUAAUUCCAACCCUUCAAGCUAUAACUACAGUAACAGUUAUUCCCUGACAUCCAAAUCAAUUCUGGAGAACAGCAUGAGGCCCAGUGGAUACAGCCACCAUUACCCAGGUGGGAGCUACUCCUCUAGCUACCUCAGUUCCUAUGACAACAGCCGUCCUCUGAUCAAGAAGCGCCUCUAUGUGACAGAGACGGAUGGGUCGUAUAGCCGGCCCACCAUGUCUUCUCGCAGCAUGAGCACACCCACCUCCUCCUAUGGCCACAGUACAAUGUCAUACAACUCUCAGGCCGCGGAAGGGAUGCGCCGGGCUAACUCCACUCACAGGAAUGGUCCAAACAGCGCACAAGGGCGAAGGGUGUCCCUGGAAUUACCCGGGAAGAUGGUGACUUACAGUAAUGCUGCCAGUGAAGCCAUGUAUAAAGGCCAGAACGGAGAGUACGCUACCAACACAGCAGCCGCUGGCAGAUCCUCUCAUGGAAGUCAACAAUAUAGCGGAACUGCAAAUACAUUUACCGUCAGGCCUGGAGCACGACAACCCAUUUCUUAUUCAUACCAAGGAGGUCUUCGAUAAGGCACGUACAAGGAAGCUGUAUCGCCUUGCACCAGCUUUGGCCAAGUUAUAGGCCUCGUCCUAACUGCUUUGUUCUUUGAUAGCUGUAAAAUGAGGCACAAGAGCCUGUCCUAGACUGAAAGUAGUCCAAGUGUCCGCUUGUAAAUAGACUGGUUGUAAGUUAUUAGGGACAAGGUAAGAAUGAGUUCUAAGGGCUUCUGUGCAAAAUGGAUAAGGGGGCAAGUUAUGCCACAUAGUCACUCAGCAACCUUUGCUUAAAGCAUUUAAGUAAUUACAUAGACUUCCUAGUGACUUUUGCCAGCUUGGCCUGUAGAAGAUUAUAUCUAGACUAGCAGUUUAUGGAAGAAACUUUCAGCACCAUCUUCUUUCUUGAGUGUGCACCUGACACUUCGAAGCAGCAAAGAAGGGAUGGGUGCCUUUAUCCUAGCGGGAGGCAAGGAACAGAAGAGGAAUCUAGGCUGCGGAAAAGGAGAGCAGGAGCCAAGAUUAAGAGGGGGAGUUAAAUGGCAGUGGCCCCAAUAGCUAUGUGGGGCCAAAAAUUGAAAUCUGAAGAGCCUAGGGGUUGGAAGAAGACGGCAUAGUUGUAGGGAAGGGGAAGAAGGGUUUAGAGGGAUAAAGCAGAAGAAAGCAAAUAGAUGAGAGGGACUAGGAAUACUUACUUUUUGUGGUAGCUGUGGCUUUAAGACAGGGAUGGUCAUGUUGGACUUCAGUUUCCAUAAUCUCUUACCAUUAUGGCUGAAGUUGAUGGGAGUUGGAAGCCAACAACCUCUGGAAGGCCAUUAGUUCUCUGUCCCUGCUUUAAUAACUCCACAAAAAGAGAAAAUUAAGCAGCUAGGAUUCCCCCUCCCCCUCAAUCACUUCAUCUCCAUGUCAGGUAAAGCCAAACGUACUGGAUUUCCAUUUGUCAUGCAAGUACAAAAGACAUAGGAACCCUGAGAGAAGUCUGCUAGCCUAGGAGGCAUUGUCAGACCAAGGUGUUAUUGAAUCCAUUGGAAAUAAUUGAGAUUGCACCUUCUUCAGAUAAUUCUACAGGUCAAUUUUUAGACUAGAAAGUUUAGCGUUUUGUAUGACUCACCUCUAGAAACAAGAAUGAGACUUCACAGCAUUCACUAAUACCCAUACAAUAUAAAUACAGAAUAUUAAGAGUAUUGCUGUCACUUUAAAAUGCAACUUGUUAAUUGAAUUUUGGGGAGAGGUUUUAAUUAAGAAACUGCACCAGGAUAAAAUGAGUCGAAAUGACAUAUUUGCCAGGAUGCAGUCUGGAGAUCCUGUUUGUCUCCUUAAAAGAACACAGUCACUGUGACCCCUGACCUGUGCCUCCAUUGGUCCUUUCACCUUUGCCUUGCCUCCUGUGGUGGAAAACUAAUCACAGCAAGCAACAUGAUAUGGGCAGAAGGACAGAAUGGGAGGCGUAAAGGCUGUUUCUUUCUUCUGCAGUCCCAAUUUUUUUUUAAGGAAAUUGGACCCAUCUCCUUUGCAGGCUGAACAUGUUACAUACAAAGUAAUAAACAAUGUCAAAGUGGGCACCAAACAGUUUGGUUUUAAGGUGUGUGUGUUUUAUCACUAUGGGGCAUUGUAGGUGCUGGCACCUAUAAAAAUUAAAGCAAAGUUAUAUAUUGAUGUAUAUCAAGGAAGCAAUGCAGGUUUAAAGUUCGGCUCUGUAAAUGUGAGCCUUGCAGCCUGAUCCUUUGAGUAAAUUUUAUUGAGUCAAUGAGAUUUACUUCCAAAAAACUAAGUAUGGGAUUGUAUUAACCCACCUUGGCUUGUUUGCCCAUGUAUGAGAGCUGUUCAUUCUAUGUGUUGAAUUUGUUGGUCUGGUCUCUGUUUAAUGGCUGACAAGUGUCAUGUUUUUGUCAGUGAUUAUGUGAUAAACCUGGAUAGCUUAUUCCUAAAUUAGUCCCAUAGUUGACACAUGCAGCAGCA